AUGUCCGGCGAAGGAGACCAGAACCUUGAAGAGAACGAAGCACUCGCGCUGGGUAGGCCAAAGCGAAAGCGAAAACCCAUCGAUCGUUAUCUAUCAGAGGAUUUCCGGGAGAAGAAGAAGAAGAAGAAGCCCCUUCACAUCCCGGAGGGCAAAGGAAUUAAGCUGAGGGACAUCAAGAAAGUGUCUUCAAAUUUGAGAAAGAGAGAGAUUGAUGCUGUUCUUAAAAAUUUUCAUGCUAUUCUUUAUGGGGUAAAGGUGAAGAACAAAGAUCUGAAGAGAAAUAUACUGCAAUUCUCUGGAUUUUUAUGGGGUCCUCAAGAGGAGAAAGAGAUCUCACAAAAGCUGAUUGCAUUUUUAAAACGUCCUCAUGAUGAUGAUGAGGAUGAGGAUGAGGAGGAAGAGGCAGAGGAGGAAAAGGAUGAUGUUGAUGAAGAGUGGGAAGAGGAUAAGGAGGAGGGAAAGGAUGAUUAUCAUGAUGCUGAGGGGGAGGAGGAAAAGGAUGAUGAGGAGGAGAAGAGUAAGUCACCGGAUAGUGGUGGUGAUGAAGUGCCUGCUGAGAGAACAGAUGAUUCUGAUCAGGCGAGUGUUAAUCAGAUGGUUGAUUUACCUGCUGACAAUGACAUGGAUGAGAUGAUAGAUGAACUUGGUGACAAUGGGUUACCUGUUGCCAAUGAUAUGGAUGAGAAUGCAGUUUUGAAUAUGCUAGAAGAACUUAGUGGCAAUGAAUUACCUACUGCCAAUGACAUGGAUGAGAAUGCAAUUCUUCAGAUGAUUGAAGAACUUGGUGGCAAUGAGUUACCUGCUGUCAAUGACAUGGAUGAUAAUGCAAUUCUUCAGAUGAUUGAAGAACUUGGCGGCAAUGAGCCUGCUGAGAUAAAUAAUGCAGCUGAUGAUGACAACAAUAAUGAAAACAUUGAUCAGAAUAUGGCUGCUGAGGCAAAUGAUGCAUCUGAGGAUAGUGAUAGUGAUAGUGAUGGUGAUGAUGAUGGUGUUAAUGAUGCUUUUUAUAUCCACUGGAGAUGA